AUGUCGACAGUAGAGGGUUCGCUUGAGUUCGAAGAUCGAAAGUUAUAUACAAAGACAUGGAAGACUGACGGACCUGCGAAAGCGCGCGUUGCCUUCGUGCACGGCUAUAGCGACCACUGCGGCCGAUACGGCAUUUUCUUCCCGACUCUAGCAUCAAACGGCAUCGAAGUUUGUGCCUUUGACCAGGCUGGAUGGGGUCGCUCUGUACAGAAACCCUCUGAAAGAGGCCUGACAGGUCCUACCUCUCGCGUUCAUGCCGACAUCACAGCCUUCCUGAAUACGCUCAUACCCUCAUCUGUGCCACUCUUCCUCAUGGGCCACUCGAUGGGCGGCGGUGAAAUUCUUACUUACGCAGCGAUGGGUCCAGCAGACACCCGUCAGCAUAUAAGGGGAUAUCUUGCAGAGGCGCCCCUCAUCGGUCUCGAUCCGGCAUCACAACCACUGAAGCUUGUGUUAACACUUGGAAAACUGGCUGCGAAGUUGGCACCAAAUUUCCAGAGGACCGAUAAGCUCAAAGCGGACUAUAUCUCAAGAGACCCAGAAAACAAUCAGUCCAUCGUGGAUGAUCCGCUGUGUCACGAUACGGGCACCCUCGAAGGACUAGCGGGGAUGUUCGAAAGAGCUGAUCUGUUGGAGAGCGGAAAGUUGAGGAUCAGCGAAGGGCGAGGCCAAGGCGGAAGGACUAGAAUGUGGGUUAGCCACGGCACUGGUGACAGGGUAUGCAGUUUCGAUGCGACCAAGAAGUUCUGCGACAGAGAAAAGAAGGACAUAGAAGACUUUGAGUUCAAGGUUUACGACGGUUGGUACCAUCAAUUACACUUCGAACCAUCGCCUGACCGUGAAACUUUUGCGAACGACGUCAUUGAAUGGAUAUUGAAGAGGACCGAUGAUACCACGGCUGAUGAAGGGGUGCAACCGAAGCUUUAA